AGGCUGUGGUGAAUGAGAUUGAAGAAGAGUUCUUGUUUUGUAUCUCAGUUUCUCUCUUUUUGGACAAAUUUUAUUUAAACAAAUAAAAAUAUACUACGGAGAUCUCAGACUCUAAUCAAUGGAGGGUAUUUUAAUAUUUACAUCAUAAUUGUAUCGGAUAUUCGGUAGAGCGGUAUUGGGCUGUUUUGUAAAUAUUUAUUUAAUAAAUUUCUGAGGAGAGAAGGACUGCUGCUGAGUAGAGUGGAGGGGAGUUGGAGAGAUUGGAGACCAGUCACACUGCCAGGUGCGGCUCUUUAAUGCUUCAAUUGGAUGGUAUUCAACCUGGAGACGGUGUGAAGGCUGAACGUUUCCCCGGACUGAUAGGCACACUGACUGGCUCAAUGAUGGAACUACAAACAUUACAGGAGGCCCUGAAAGUGGAAAUUCAAGUCCAUCAGAAACUGGUCGCCCAAAUGAAACAGGACCCACAGAAUGCUGAUCUGAAGAAGCAGCUCCACGAACUUCAGGCUAAGAUCACAGCUCUUAGCGAGAAGCAGAAAAAGGUGGUGGAGCAGCUGAGGAAGGACCUGCUGGUGAAACAGGAGCCGGAGGUGAAGGUUCAGGUGCUGGCUACAGACAAACACGUCCUCCAGAUCCCCUCCUCCACUACUCUGCAGGCCCUACAGCAGACCACACACACCCAGGCCCUGCAGCAGAAGACGCUGACAGUCACCCCAGUCAUCUCCACUAAGACUCUACCUGUAGUGCUGAAAGCUGCCACUCCCACCAUGCCUUCCUCUGUUGUGGCACAGCGCCCUGCCACCGUCGCCAUGGUCGCUGCCAUCAGCCAUGCCUCCAAGCCUAGUAUCGUCAACUCCAAUUCCCAGAACACACCAGUGAACCUUCAGGUGGCUAGCAAAUUGACCAAUCAGUGUUUUGAGCCCGUCCGACUGGUGUCGAAGAAUGCACUUGUGGUGCAGGCCACCACCACCCCCACCUCAGCACAGCCAAUCAAAGUUCCUCAGUUUGUCCCUCCUCCUAGACUGACGCCUCGACCCACCUUUCAACCACAGGUCCGUCCGAAGCCCGUCACGCCCAAUAACAACGUGCCAAUCGCCCCGGCACCCCCUCCGGCCAUGAUGGCGGCGCCCCAGUUGCUCCAGCAGGGCCCGGUGAUGCUGACCACCAAGUUGAGCUCCUCGCUGACCUCCAGCGCCGGGCCCAUCCACCAGGUGCGCAUUGUCAACGGCCAGCCAUGUGCUUCCGCUGGCGCCAAAAGUGGCCAGCACACAGGCACUGUGACAGGCAUCGUUAUCACGGCCCCGGCAUCGGCACGCCUCGCCACCCCCAAGCAGACACUGCAGAUCAGCAGCCUCUCCUCAGACAACAAGGCUGUUAAAGCUCACAGGGGAUUGGAGCAGAAAAUGUUGGCAAGCAGCACCCCUCCUCUGUCUCCAGCACCCAGACCGAAGAGAGAGGACAAUCCUCAGAAACUUGCCUUCAUGGUUGCCCUCGGACUUGUCACCCAUGACCAUAUGGAAGAAAUUCAAAGCAGAAGGCAAGAGCGUAAGCGAAGAACAACGGCGAACCCGGUGUACAGUGGAGCUGUGUUUGAGCCCGAGAGGAAGAAGAGUGCAGUGACCUACCUAAACACUCCGCUCCACCAGGGAACCAGAAAGCGAGCCAACGAGGACCGCCUGUCAAAGGUAUGUUGGACAGACGGUUUGUUUGUUUGUUUGUUUCCCUCCCACCUCCAUCUUUUUUUUUUUUUUUUUUUUUUCCCGUCUGUCUCAUUUCACCCAGGUCGCCCACCCAAAUACAGCAGUGUUCCGGAACUGGGCAGCCACACCCCGACCUCCCCCUCCAGCUGUCUCACUGCUUCCCUGGUCCCCGAGCGGCCCAACACGGGGGGGAGCUUCCCCUUCCAUGUCCACCCCCACCACUCUCUCCCCCUGCCUAGCCCCAGCUCUGGGGAUGGAGACAUCCAUGAGGAUUUCUGCACUGUGUGCAGACGCAGUGGCCAGUUGCUCAUGUGUGACACAUGCUCACGUGUCUAUCACCUGGACUGCCUGGACCCACCCCUGAAAACCAUUCCUAAAGGCAUGUGGAUCUGUCCCAAAUGUCAAGACCAGAUACUGAAAAAAGAAGAUGCAAUUCAAUGGCCGGGAACAUUGGCUAUUGUUCAUUCCUACAUCGCCUAUAAAGAAGCUAAAGAAGAGGAGAAACAAAGGCUAAUUAAGUGGAGUGCUGAGCUGAAACUGGAGCGGGAGCAGUUGGAACAAGGGGUCAAACAACUCAGCAACUCUAUAACGAAAUGCAUGGAGACCAAAAACAUCAUCCUGUCUCGACAGAAAGAAAUGCAAGUUUCGUUGGAGAAGGUCAAACACCUGGUCCGCCUCAUUCAGGCUUUCAGUUUCAGUCAAACCAUGGAGACCGAGGGUACAGGUGACAUCACAGAAGAUGUUACAAAGAACAUCACGAGGGCCAAGGAUGCAAUUGUCCCAAUUGAAAAUGCUGUGGACACAGUCAACACAGAGGCUGUAGCAGAAGUCAAUAUCCAGUCUGUGUAUGGGGUGAAGGCCAAGAUCACAGCACAGGACAGCAGCGAUGUUGAAGCCAGAAAGGAGGAGGUUGUAGCUGAUGUUACCAUCAAGACGGUAGCAGGAGUUAGCGCUGAGCCUGUUGCCGGGGUCAGCACCGUUGCUACAGUGGACAACCGUGUUGAACCCGUAGCUGAGGUCAACACCGCUGAGGAAGUGACUGAGGCCGAGACGAAAACCACAGCAGUGGUCAGUGCAGAGGACUCUACUGGGGUCACGACCAAUGGCACCACUGACCUUGUGUGUACUGACGAGAGCUGUACUAACAAGGACGAGAGCUGUACUAGCAACACAAACACCAACCAUGAGAACAAGGUCACCACCACUAACAACACAGAGCAGGUGGUAGAAGAGGAACAGGAAGAGAACACAAACGAUGAUGGCAGCAGCACCAACAACAGCAAAACCUCAGAAUCUUCCCAGAAAUCUUUGCCAGCUCUUCUCGACAGUUUGGACAAUAAAGAGUAACGCUCUCUUAGAUCGGCCCCACCCUCACAUUAAAAAAUGACUUUUGCUUUCAGAUUUGAAAGGUGCCCGACGUUGCCAAUCUAUAUAAAUGUUACUUGUUUUCAAUGUAUUGUCAGACUGUGUCAAUAGUAAAUCUACAGCCUGAGUCUGAGAUUGCUCUUGGAUGCUGUAGGCUAUUAUACCCCAAGCAUGGGUGAAAGGGUGGUUUGUGUACCAGUGUCAUGCCAAUUAAGGAUAGAAAGAAUAGUAGUAAUGCUAAAAGUAAGAUAAUUUAUAACAUCACACCAUUGUGUGCCUGCAACAGCUGCCCUCAGAACUCUCGUGGGGGUUGUUUUUUUUAGGUUGUCUUUUGUUCCUGGGGAGGCAGGUUAGAGAUGUCCAAAGACUGCUGCACCGAGAACGUGUUUCUCUGGCAUUAACUGAGAGAAACAUCAAACCAAAAGAUUGGCAAAACAGCUGAGGACAGGGCUUUGAAAAAUUCUAAAGCAUCAGUAUUUAAGUGGGAAACAUUGAGGCGCCAGUUGAGUGUCAUUGAAAAUCAAACAUGUAAAAGAAGAGAGCCUUCAGUUAUCCCAAUACCUUCCUCCCUUUUCCCCAUUCUCAACCGUACAUGACCAAUAACUAUUGACCCAUUUACACAACACCUCAGGCAAAACAAAAGCAACGUCCACCUGCUUUUGAAGUAUGAGGCAGACUGCUUAUAGAGCUUGCUGACCAGGGCCUUGCUGAGGAAGACCCAGGUAACAAAGAUGGUCAUCUCAAGAGACAGUGGAGUCAGAUCACACAUGGUAGCUUAAAGUUUUCAAAUGGUGUAGGUCCAGUGCAGUGAUUUGAGUUUCUUUCGUGAGUCAGUGUCAACUGUGAGCACUAAAUGUUAAAUUGCAAUAAUGUUGCAAUGUCAAAAACAAACACACAAAAAUAUCUAUCUGGGGUGUGUUUCUUCUUUUUAUAGGAAAAGAUAUUCAGGUCUUCCUAGUCUUAAAAAAUAAGUGCAUUUCUGUUUCAUUAAACAGUUGUUUGUUAUUAAAUGUGUUUAACUGGCAUAGUUUAUGCAAGUAAUUAUCUUUUAAAAGAGGUGACCUUUGCAUAUUAUGAAAUGUAUGUUUUUGUUUUAAUUCUGAACUGCCAAAAUGCUAUUGUAUCCAAAUAUAGCAGGGACGUGUCCACUAACUGUAUGGAAAGAUCAAGGAAAAAAUGGAAUAUUCAAUACCAUCUCGGCAAUUGGCAAUACCUGGUAAAUAAGCAUGAGUGCUUAUUCAACAAUCUCAUCUAAAUAUAUUUAUUUCCUGGAAAAUGGAGUGUUGCAUCAGCCCACUUUGGUGGUGGUAAGGAAAAAAACACAAAUCCUGAGAUUAAAGCACAAGCUUCUGCAUAACAAAUGUGUGCUGAAAAACUUUUUGUAUGUUACAUAUAGAACAUAACAGUAUGCAUUUUGUUUGUUGUCAUGUAAUUUAUCCCCAAUUUGCCAAUAUUUUUGUAUUACCCAACUUAUCUUUGAGGGUGAGACUGAGGCCUUGUGCAGCAGAAAUUGUCUUGCUUUCCUACCCAUGAAACAUGCUUGGAUAACAGAACUGACCAACGAACCUAUCCCUAAAUACUCAAUAGAUUUGUGCUUCCACUGGUAUUUGUUUUUUAAUGCGCCAUCAACAUAUCUGUCCAAUGUUUUAUAAUUUGUGGGGCCAGUACCCAGUUUUUUUUCCCCCACUUGUUUUCGACCAAGUUGUUCCUGAAUUGUUCAGCAACUUUUGGAGUUGGGACCAUUCAGGAGACUGGUGAUACUUAUUGUUAGAGCAUGUGUCAGGUCUCAAUUUUGUAUUAUUUUUUAUGCUAUACUGUUGCGCAUUGCAGAGUGCACAGUCGGCAACAUACAUAUCAUGUUGAUGUCAAUCCAUGACCAAUCGACAUGUCUUUGGAGAAUGUUUUCUGUGUUGAAAACAGGGACUUUAAAUUCCAGAAAUUCUACAUUUCAAAGGACUGAAUUCUCAACAUUGCAAUUUUUCUUUCUUAGCUAUGUUAAAAAAAAAGAUGUAUAAAUGCUGAGUCAAUUAAAAUACAAGUCCUAUUUUUUUUGCAGUUUUUUAAACACAUCAGAAUGGAAGAGUUUGACCAAGAGAUGCAAUCAAGUGCAAUGGCUAUACUUUCUUGUCUUGUACUUUCUCAUAGAUUAAUAAAAAAGGGUUCUUUGCCUUCUGAGUCUCACAGUACUCGUAAGGAUAUAUCUUCACCACGGAAACACUGCAUAAAUUGGCUGGGUGUCAAACGUUUUUCAUACGGUGCCCCUUGAAUAGAACAAAGUAUUCAGACAUCCAUUUCACAUUCAUAUGUUUUUGUCUUUGUUAAGCCUGAACUUAUUUUACAGAGACACUUGACCUUUCCCCUUUUUCGGUACCUCGAGUGCCUUUCUUCCAACAGCAUAUUUUGUCUCUUGACUUGCACUGUGGCUUGUAUUUUUACCUUACUACACACAAACACACAGGUCUAGCUCUUGUCCUAUGUUAUCCCCAUGUGAUUUCAUAUCCGCCCACAAAACUCUGAAUCUUCAGCAAACAAAUGCAUCUGAAUUAUAGAGCACAAUUUGAAUCUGCAUAAUGAAUUAUUAUUUUUUAUAAAACUUUGGACUUUAAUUUUUUUUCUCACAAGUAGUCUGUAUAGCAGCUGCCUUAAAUGUAUUUUAUUUUUUAUUAUCUCUUCAGGUGAAUUCAAUUCAUUUUGAAAUGUAUGUAAUGGGUAAUUCCUGUAAAACAUGGGCAAAUCUGUGGUUUGUUCAUAAUGUACACCACUCUGUAGUUUGUUCAAGUGUCACAGGCACUGGUACAAUAUUUAUGGAGGAUUCUUUACAAGCUCUUGUAUAAGAAAUGGAAUAUGUGUGACUGUUAGAAUGGUAUGUUUUGUUGUGAUGCACUUUUUGGUUGAAUUCCCACCCAGUAUUAUUUUUUUACAGUCCCGUCCACCCCAAAAGAUGUGAUGUGUAUAUAAUAUGAAAUAGAAAUAAACCAGAUAUCUUCUUACCCUGAAUUUACCUCCCUAUUGUUGAGAUUCUAGAGGCAUUCUAGUCUUGUCAGCAUUAAAACUCUGUAAGUACAGUGCCAGUGAUCAUUACUUGUCCUCUUUUUGUUCCCUCCUUGUGCAGCUUUUUCUUUUCUCAUCCAUUCUUUUGUAUUUGUCGUGCAGUAAGUUUCAUCAAAUUAGGUCAUUAUGAAUUGAGCCUUGGCCUGUGUGCGUUCAAACAAAACAGCACCCUGAUUGGAUAAACUUCUUAAACCCCCUUAGCACCAUCUUUCCAAUCAGUCCAACAGAAAGCAUGCCUUCUUAUGCAAGUUUUUUUUUUAUACAAAUGUUUGUCAAACUUUUUUAAUAUGCAUUAACUGUCCGUUUUAUUUUCUAAAGGUUGUGAAAUUGGUCACUUUUCAUUUUACAUUCUGGCAACAUGCCAUAACUAUAGUAAACAGUAGGCAUCUCAAAAUAAAAAAAUUGAAGUUUUUUUUAAACACCAUUUGAUGUGACAUCUCUGGCAAUAGUGUGUUAUAUUUGGAAUUCUCCAAUGGCAGAGGAUUUUAAUGCCAUGAACUGUGAAGUCUAUAAUUGAGGAAAAAACAUCAUAUAAGAUGUAAUGAAAGUGCAGUUUCUUUUGGCUCAUUCUUCUCAAGGACCAUUUUCUAUAAAAUGUUUGCCUUCGCUAAUGCACCAUGCUGAAUGUUAUUGUUCGGGACAUGGGGUGGGGAUAGUUUUGAAGUGGUCUAAAAUGGUCUUGUCUAAAAUUGUUGAGUGCAUUGUCGUGUAAAAAAAAAAAAAACAGAUAAAAAUACAUUCAGUUAAAGUACUUGAGCUCUUAAACCAAUAUACCCAAAGAAUAUUGCAAAUGUGCAUUUAUAUUUGGAAGCCAUUAUGCAUUUGAUACAUAUCAGUUCAUAGUGAGGCUAUGUUAAUUUCUGCUUCAGUACAGCGUGCAAGUUCACGGAUGUGAUGGAAAAGGUAGUUAGCAGCGGAGACACACAAUGAAAUGUACGCUAGAGGGUUGAAAAGUGAAAGGCUUUCUUUUAUGCAUAAAAAUUACAUUUCCCGUUCAUUCCAGAGUGAAACUUCACAGAACGAUCCUGUAGAGUAGCUCACUUGUAUAUUCUCACAAGUGCAUUAUAUUCUGUCAAUGGCUUUUUUAAUAUAGUCUGGAUUUUUUUGUUCUUAUGAUAUACCAAGUCAUGAUCGUGGCCUUCUAGUAUUGUUGGUACAUUUCAUCAUCCAUAAUACUCAUCAUUCAUAUGUUGUGACUUCCCUGUUGUAACACCUUGAGCUUCUUACCUCAUCCACUGUAAAUUCAAUUGGAGGAGUUUCUUUUUUAAGAGUGCAAAAAAGUGUCAAAAAAAGAAGCUUCCAUUUGGUGAAAGAUGAUGCAUUGUAGCGAUACAAAUAAACAAAGGUUCACCUGGUGUGCUGAAUUAUGUGUAAAUUGUUAAUUACACAACUGAAUAUUUGUAAAAAAUUGUUUGUAUUUUUUCAUAAUUUUAAAAGUGUGUAUUUGACUUCUCUUCUGUUACAUAUAUUUUUCGUUUGUUCGCCUGACAUUGAGUGGUCCGUUGGGUUUCUUACCUCUCCUGUAUUGAGCCAAUUCUGUGAUGAAUAAUUUGUAUGCAGUGUUUAGAAAAUACUGUAGGGAACAUGGGAAGAAGUUGAUAUUAGGAGCAUUUGAUCAAUUUGUAUUUAUUUAUUUUAUCAUUUUGUUAAUAAAUUGUCAAAAGCAA